AAAAUCUCAUUUGAGAUUCCAGUGGGGGAUUUGGUAACUGAGAAAGUGAGGAAAUCAGUGAGAAAAGUUGCGAGAAAAUGAGUGGACCAACGAAGAAGGUGGUUGAUGUUGCCUUCAAGGCUUCCAGGAACAUUGACUGGGACGCCAUGGCCAAGCUUCUCGUCACCGAAGAGGCUCGCAAAGAGUUCUCCACCCUCCGCCGUGCCUUCAACGAGGUCAACACAACUCUUCAAACCAAGUUCAGCCAGGAGCCCGAACCUAUUGACUGGGAAUAUUAUAGGAAAGGGAUCGGAUCUCGCCUGGUGGAUAUGUAUAAGGAGGCUUAUGACAGCAUCGAAAUCCCAAAAUAUGUAGAUACAGUCACUCCUCAAUACAAGCCCAAAUUUGACUCAUUGUUGGUGGAAUUGAAGGAAGCAGAGGAGAAGUCUUUUAAGGAAUCAGAGCGUUUAGAGAAGGAGAUUGCUGAAGUUCAAGAGUUGAAGAAAAAGAUAAGCACCAUGACUGCAAACGAAUACUUUGAGAAGCAUCCCGAGCUGAAGAAGAAAUUCGAUGAUGAAAUCCGGAAUGACUAUUGGGGUUACUAAGGAGGAACAUACAUUUUCUCGAUCUCGAUCAUAUUUCAACUAUAAUUUGGUCUCCUUUUCUGUCUCAACCUUUAAAACCAAAUUGUUUUCUUUGUAAUUUGGUGACCAUAUUCAUCAGUUGGAAGAUUGAGUUCAUCUGCACCUCCAACAAAAGUUUAUUUUCCAUUUAUUGAAAUGAGUUUGAUCAUCCUAACUUGUUUAAACUCAUAUGGAUUAGAUAUUUUGUAUAAGACCCUUGCAACAAAGGAUCAUCAAUAAGUAUUACAGUUCUAUCUAUAUAUUCUUUUGUUAUAUUUAAUGA